AUGAAGAUUGGUGUAGCCAAAGAGGAGAAGAGCUGCCGGAACCUCUCUACAUACUUGAAAAAUAUGCCUCUUCUUGUUCUUGUUGCUGUUCUUCUUCACUUUUUGUCUGCUCCGUUUUUUCUGUCUUCCUCAUUUACUUUGUUUGGUCCUUCUUCCUCUGUUUUAUCUGCUGCUAAUUCCUAUUCGACUGUUUCACCUCACCUAGCUCCACUGCCAGAUUUGUCUGUUUCAACUCACCCAGCUCCACCGCCAGCUCCCCCUCCACCACCGCCGCCAUCGCCACCUCCUUCUCCGCCACCUCCUCCCGCUCCUCCAUCGCCACCGCCGUCGCCACCUCCUGCCCCUUCUUCGUCCAGGUGGAUUGACUGGAUCGCACAGCCCUUGUCUAACGGGAAACACUGGAUCGAGCAGUCUUCCUCUUGGUGUAUAGACCAGAUCGACCCGAUUAUUAAUGUUUGCCACCGCAUGAAGAAUGUUUUGAAUUAUUUUCAUGAUCUACCUGUUUGA